AUGAAAGGAGAAAAAAUGCGACCUGCUUACCCCCCCCGAAAAGCGCUCCUGUCCCCAUGCCUCCUAAUUACACUGAUCCUUCCAUUUAUCGUCCAGCUUUCACAUCAAAUUGGGUUGAAAAAAGACAUACGUUUCACCAUCGGGAGUGGAAACCACGACAGUAGGUCCCCCUUUGUUAAGAGAAAACAUUUUGGCGACUCCAUUUUUCUCCCGCUAGGAAGGAAAAGGAACAAGUUUACUUCCAUCAGUACGGACAUCUUCAAAGAUCACUCUUCUGAUGGGAAGCGAAAAGACGAAUGGAAGACUCACGUGGUGAAUGUGGGCACCAGCCAAAAGAGUGAGCCCCAAGGGGGGUGUACAGUGCUAAAAGAGAAGAGCCAGCAGUCCUCGCUAGGCAGCACUGUUGAUGGGAAAAGUGGGGGCAGUCAUAGCAGCCAUAGCAGUCAUAGCAGUGCCACUGCUCAUGCGAUACGGGGUAGGGAUGUACCCUUUGGGGAGACAAAUCAGGGGAAGACGCCCUCCGAGGAACAAAGGCAUAUCCUGCACAACAACCUGAUUAGACGACUCAUAAGCAAAUUUUGGCCAUUCGGGGAGAAGAAGGAGGAGGCUGGUAGGAAUGGAGAGGCAUCCAAACGAAGUGGACAUGGGGGAAGAGGAGGAGAUGAAGAAGGAGACCCCCCCGACCCGGAUAAGCACCCAUGGUGGGAAAAGAAGUCAGGGGGUGAGCAGCCCAGGGAGCCUUCUUCAGGGGAGCCCCCCCCAAGAGAGACGCCUCGCCCCAGCAGAGGAACAGACCACGACAAGGAAACGGACUUCCUACUGAAAGCACUGGAGACGGGCAAAUUCCCCUCCUACUGUCUCGUCGACAAUAUUGACGAAAAUAUAGAUAACUGCGAAAUAUAUUUGAGUAAAGAAAAAAUGGAGGAGCUCAAUCUCAGUGAGGGGUUCACCGUCUUGUUGAAGGGAAAGAAGAAAAAGGAGAUGUUAGCAAUAUGCAAGCUAGACAGAACGCUAAAGAAACAUUUCGUGGUGAUCUCCUUUGCGAUGAAGAAGAAUCUCAGACUGAUGCAUAACGAUAUUGUCAAGAUUUACCCUUUAGUGAAGGUCAGUCCUUUACGAACCGUUGUCCUUAGCCCCUUUAGUGACACCGUUGGGGGGCUGAGUAAAAGAGAGCUAGAAGAGGAGGUGCUAAAGCCCUAUCUCAAAGGAAGCUUAAAACCGCUUUGUGAGAAUACAAAUCUGUACAUUCAGCAUAAGGGGAAGAAGAUCGAAUUUAGGGUAGUGAAGUUAAGGAAGGAGGGUGAAGAAGAAGCACCUCCGAAGGAAGAAAACAAAUCAGGGGAAGGACCAGUAAACCUUCCCACCUCGCAACAGUACGGUUACGUUGGUGACAAUGCCAUCAUCACAUUGGACGAGGAAUACCUAAACAGAGAGGACUACGAAGAGCAUACAGAUGAUAUUACAUAUGAAGACCUCGGAGGAAUGAAGAAGCAAUUGAACAAAAUUAGGGAACUCAUCGAGUUGCCUCUAAAAUAUCCUGAGAUAUUUAUCAGCAUAGGGAUAUCUGCUCCCAAGGGUGUCCUCAUGCAUGGAAUCCCAGGGACAGGAAAGACUUCCAUCGCGAAAGCAAUUGCUAAUGAGAGCAAUGCCUACUGCUACAUUAUAAAUGGGCCAGAGAUUAUGUCCAAACAUAUAGGAGAAUCGGAGCAGAAGUUACGGAAGAUUUUUAAAAAAGCCAGUGAGAAGACACCAUGCAUUAUCUUCAUCGAUGAAAUUGAUUCCAUCGCAAACAAAAGGAGCAAAAGUACAAAUGAGCUGGAAAAGAGAGUCGUCUCACAGCUGCUGACUCUAAUGGAUGGAUUAAAGAAAAACAAUAAUGUCUUGGUUCUGGCUGCCACGAAUAGACCAAAUUCUAUUGAUCCUGCUCUUAGACGCUUCGGCCGAUUUGACAGAGAAAUCGAAAUUCCGGUUCCAGAUGAGCAGGGUAGGUACGAGAUUCUUCUCACCAAAACGAAGAAGAUGAAGCUCGAUGCGGAUGUCAACUUGAGAAAGAUCGCCAAGGAGUGCCACGGCUACGUCGGUGCGGAUCUCGCGCAGCUCUGCUUCGAGGCCGCCAUUCAGUGUAUCAAGGAGCACGUGCAUUUUUUGGAUCUCGAUGAGGAGGACUUCAUCGAAUUUAUGAAGAUAAGCGUGGAGGAGCGGCGGGGCGAGGGUGGGGAUGGCGGAAAUUUCGGGGAAAGCAGUGUAGUGCCUAGUACGGAGAAGGAGAAGGGGAGAAGCCGGUUCUUCUUCCAAAGGGGAGAAGCAAAAGGGGAGGCCGCGUCGGCCAAGUCCCUGUCGCCCGCGAAGUCUCCUGCCUCCAGCAGAGGCACCCAACAACUGGAUAGCAAGGCGAAGAAAAUCCCACCAUACAUCCUCAACAGAUUAACCAUAAAGGCGAAGCAUUUCCAGCACGCACUGAACAUAUGCAACCCGAGUUCGCUCAGAGAAAGACAGGUGCAGAUCCCUACUGUGACGUGGGACGACAUCGGAGGCAUGCAUGAAGUGAAGGAGCAACUCAAGGAAACGAUUCUGUACCCUCUGGAAUAUAAACACCUCUACUCUAAAUUUAACUCCAAUUACAAUAAAGGUAUAUUGCUUUAUGGCCCCCCUGGCUGUGGAAAGACUCUCCUAGCUAAAGCAAUCGCGAAUGAAUGUAACGCCAACUUCAUUUCUGUCAAAGGCCCCGAAUUGCUAACCAUGUGGUUUGGUGAGUCGGAGGCUAAUGUGCGGGAUUUGUUUGAUAAAGCGAGAGCAGCUUCUCCCUGCAUUAUUUUCUUCGAUGAGAUUGAUUCUUUGGCAAAGGAACGGAACAGUAACAAUAACAACGACGCGAGUGACAGAGUGAUAAAUCAGAUCCUCACCGAGAUUGAUGGAAUAAAUGAGAAGAAAACCAUCUUUAUAAUCGCUGCCACCAACCGACCAGACAUUCUCGACAAAGCUCUCACCAGACCAGGACGAUUGGACAAACUCAUAUAUAUCUCACUGCCCGAUUAUAAAAGCAGGUGCAGUAUUUUUAAGGCCAUAUUGAAAAACACGCCCCUUAGUGACGAUGUCGACCUUUACGACAUGGCCAAACGGACGGAGGGUUUUUCCGGGGCAGACAUUACCAACCUCUGUCAGAGUGCCGUCAACGAAGCGAUUAAAGAGACGAUUCACCUGAUUAAUCAGCGGAAGGCGGAGAAGGGAGGGAGUGCACGGACGCAGGGCGCGGACGAUCACUACGACCCGGUACCAACCCUGGCCAAGAAGCACUUCGAUUUGGCCUUCAAAAACGCCCGCAUUUCCAUUCGGCCCGAGGACGUCCUCAAGUAUGAGCGCUUUAAGGAGAAGCUCUCCCUGCAGAACUUCGACUGA